UCCAUCAAUCCUACUCAGUUCAAUUCGACGGGCAUCACACUAUACGUGAUUGUCAGCAUGUCUUCUCAGCCUUGUCAAGUCUACGGCUCGGUAUUUGGCGAAGAGCCCGACUGUUAUCCCAAAUAUACGGGUUCGCCCUGGCUGUUGUUCUUUGCUGACCUGGGGCUCUUCCUCCGCAACAUCUUCUACCUACCAUGCAUUUUCUCGCCGCUGGCCCCAUGGCCAUCUGGGCGUCUGGAUGAGCUAUACCCCACUCUAGCCAACAUUUUCGACAUUAGCCUUCACUGUGUUUUGUUCGUCCUCCAGCUGGCCUUUAUCUUCUCACUUCCAUUGUUGAUAUACCUGCCAUUCUGCCUGUAUGUUCUAUACGUCGGAGCAACCCUGGCUUUGAACUCGUUCGUCUGCCGCAUCCUAAAUCGGGGGAUUCCAUCCGAUGGCUUAAGGUCAACGGAAGAUGACUUUUCGAGAUUAUGGGUGCGACAUGAAGAUGAGUACUGGAUUUUCCUCAAUGGGAUUUGCGUUGGGAGGAAUUGGCUGCAGAGCAACAUCGAUCGGAUUUCGCGGACAUUUCACCGUCCAGUAGUUGGUGUCCACAACAGAACGGCUGGUGUUUUAUUUGACAUCAUUCAAUGCCUGAUCCAGCGUUCCAUGCUGUUCGCAACAGAGGAUGUUCGGGAAUGCUACGCCUUGGUCAAGAAAGCACUGUACCGACCAGAAGUCAAGAAGGUGGUCUUGAUCCUGCACUCCCAAGGUGGCAUUGAAGGUGGCAUGAUCCUGGAUUGGCUUCUCAACGAAGUCCCUCAGGAGCUCAUCCGACAAUUGGAGGUUUAUACUUUCGGGUGUCUAGCAAAUCAUUUCAACAAUCCGUACCGUGACAUGGACUCCUGUAACGCAGGCACCCGUUAUGCUCGCACGGGAGAAGUGACCGGAGAUGUUCGCAACCGCUGCAUCUUACACAUUGAGCACUACGCCAACAGUAAUGACUUUGCAAGUCGAUUUGGAGUGCUGAAUUUCGACCACAGCAAACCCCGGGAUCGUCGGGAGAACCGAUACAUGGGCAAGGUGUUUGUGAACCCGGCAUCUGGACACCAGCUCAACCAGCAUUACCUUGACACCAUGUUUCCUCUUGAUCCGACCAGACGUUUUACGCGGGAGCCGCAGCAAGGUGACUUCAUGAACAGGGAUGUUGCAAUAAGCCGGUAUGACAAGCCCGAGGCGGAACGGCCUGUCACGAUCCUCGACGCAGCGGGAUUGUUGGACCCCGGUUCUGGGGAAGUCGAUGGCGUUAGUCCGACCUCGAUUCCCUCCGGCGCUGGGCAGAACAUGAAAGUGGGAAUCGACCUGAGGUUAAAGAUGCAUAAGGUGAGCCGAUUGUGGCUGUACCGCAACGGGGGGCGUCCACUAGCAUAA